AUGUGCUGGAAACCAGUAAAAGGAGUAUCAGCAGUUCAAAAAAAGUUGUCGAAAGGUACUCGGGUCAUAAUUGUUCACGCUGGUGGAUGUGAAGGAUUUGUUCCAAAUGCUAGUUUGGUGUAUAAAGCAAACUACACAAGUGGAGAUUAUCACGACAACAUGAAUCUGGAUAAUUAUAAGAAAUGGCUCACCACACAAUUACUGCCCAAUCUCCCGGCUAAACCCCCUCAACUGGGAGAGCCGUCAUACGAGCUGUGGCUACAAGAGAAGACCGCCGUGCUGUCAUCCCUCAACAAGAGAGCUAGGAUGAUAGUCGACGACUUCAACUCCAUGCCGGGCUUUUCCUACAACGUUGUACAAGGCGCGAUGUACGCGUUCCCGCGGAUCGAGUUGCCAGCGAAAGCUAUCGAGGUUGCGAAGACGCAUGGCAAGGCACCCGAUGUCUUCUACGCGUUCAAACUGCUCGAGGAAACUGGCAUCUGUGUCGUGCCGGGUUCCGGAUUCGGGCAGAAGCCCGGCACCUUCCACUUCCGCACCACCAUCCUGCCACAGCCAGAGCUGCUGCAUCAGAUGCUGGACAUCUUCAGAGAUUUCCAAGUUCACUGCAGAGUACGCCUAGGAACCAUCAACCUGCCUUCAUUACAACCACACUAA